AAAACAAUACAAAAUUACAAAAUGGCAAGGUCGGAGAAGAAUGGAUCUGGAUAUUGGAGUGAUGAAUACAAACAUUCAAAGAAUAGACACGGAUCAUCACGUGGAAGCGUUAAUAAAAUAAAGAGAAAGAAGAUGAGAGACGCAACAGCAAGUUUUGGACAAGGAGGGUUACAGAGCAUCGAUAGCAUGCCAACGAGAACUUUUACACAACGAUAUUCAUUGGAUACUGUUUAUAACUCUGAAACAACAGAAUACAGACACGACAAUGUCAAAAGAUAUAGAGAGAAAGUGGAAGAAUUGGACGAAAAGAAGGAGCAACUGAAGCUGGAAAAAUUGAGUGAAAAGUUUGAAGAAUGGUCUGCUGGAAAAACUAACAGAACUGUGAGAAAGGCUUUGAAAAAGUCGAAACGUGAAGGAUUGGAGCAUCCUUUCGAAGAGGAAUCUACUGAUUCAGAAAUUGAACGAGAAAUUGAAAAAUCUAGAUCAAAACUGGUUGGUGCCAAUCAGGAAGUUGUAAAAUAUUUGGAAACAGGAAGUGGUAAGUCUUUUCAAUGGGAAAGGCAUUAUUCCACUAAAUAAAUUAUUGAAAUUUUGAAACUUU